CACGCAUGCGCAAUGAAAGUAGGCGGCCCAGCAAAAACCUCGUGGUGAAACCAGACCCAUAUUCUGACUAGCGAGAGAACUAAGCGUUGCCGUCAUGUCUGAUCUGUCAGAGUCCCCCGAGGUGGAUGUCGACGAUGCGGCUCUGGACACACCCGUAGACGAGAAGCACGCGGAAUUGGCGGUGCCCGAAGACCGCGCUCUGGACGAGGAAGAUGCCUCGUUGCUGGACGCCGGGCUUGGGGAGACUGCGACGGAAGAAGGCGAGGGAGAGGUGAACGCGGGAGCACUACUGGAGGAGAGCAACGACUCCGUAAACGUGGAAGAUCCGGAGAUCGAGGCCAUCAAGGCUCGUGUCAAAGAGAUGGAGGAAGAGGCGGAGAAGCUGAAAGAGAUGCAGACUGAAGUCGAGAAGCAGAUGUCCACGAAAUCAGCUUCACAGUAUCCCACACCUGAAGAGAAGGCUGAGAUGGACGCCAGAUCAGUAUACGUGGGCAGUGUGGACUACCAGUCAACGGCAGAAGAACUAGGCCAGCAUUUCCAGGCCUGUGGCUCCAUCAAUCGUGUCACCAUCCUCUGUGACAAGUACACCGGGUCCCCUAAAGGGUUUGCAUACGUGGAGUUUGCAGAGAAGGAGAUGGUGGAAGAGGCAGUCAAACUGAAUGAGUCUCUGUUCAAAGGGAGACAGAUCAAGGUGAGCGCGAAGAGAACCAACCGCCCAGGCAUUACCACGACGAAUCGAGGGGGGAGGGGUAGGGGGAGAGGGAGGGGGAGGGGUUACGGAGCUCCAAUGAUGAUGGGUGGCUACAUGAUGGUUCCAGUUCCUUCGUACCCUCGAGGAGGCAGGGGGCGUGCCUUCAGGGGCCGUGCAAGAUCCAACUGGUACUCGCCAUAUUGAGCAGCUAAAUCUUCCCUGUUUCCCACCUUUCUAGCCUUCUUCUACUCCUCUCUCUCUAAGUUUCCUUGUGUCUAGUGUGUUGAGGCCUGCUGGACAAAAAAAAAGAAAAAAAGAAAAGAAAAAAGAUGGACGGAAAAAGAAGUCCUUUGUACUAGCUGUAGACUUCACUUACUUUGUAUUAUUGCCUGCUUUCUCUACCUAUCUGCAUGUUGCCAAGCCAGGCCCAGGCUGUUGGUGAUUCAUGGCUGUCAUGGACCUACAGAACACUGUCUAACUUUACUGGAGAUUGUAUCACAUUUUGUUGGUGUACACGUGGGAAGUGCGCUUCAAUUGGAAUGGCGCUGCAAGCUUGCCGCAGUGUACUGUCGGGAGGUUUUUCAGGGAAACGUGUAGUGAGAGUAACCAUGAGCGGUAGUACGAGGCCUACACAUCUGGAGCGAACCCGGGGCGCCUCUCGGGGAGACGUAAGGUCGUAGAUAUGCCAGUGUGAGCUUUCUUUCCGCCGGUGCAGGUGUCGCAGGUCGUUGUAGAGAGCGUUUCCCAACUCACACCGACCGUGAAGGGGUUCUCCGUGCGCGCAGAGAACGAAAACCUCUCCUUCAAACCUGGACAAUGGGUUGACGUGCACAUACCGUCAGUCGAGACGGUGGGAGGCUACUCCAUCACCUCAGCUCCCCACCUCCUGAGGGAGAGAGGAGUGUUCACACUUGCCAUUCAGCACUCCAGUCACCCUCCUACUCUCUGGAUGACCUCUCAAUGCAGGGAGGGGGACACACUCUCCGUCAGGGUGGGCGGAGAUUUCGUCUAUGAUCCCACACCCUCCGAGUCAUGUGACUCUCCUCUGAUGUCACGUGACCUGUGUCUGAUAGCAGGUGGGAUUGGGAUCAACCCACUGAUGUCAAUCCUCCUCCACCACACCAAACUAGUGGAGCUGGGUCAAGCAGCAGGGAGGGUGAAUUUACUCUACUCUGCAAGAAAUGUUUCCGAGCUCCUGUUCAAGGAGGAGAUUGACAGACUCUGCUCCAUGCAUUCCUCUUGGCUGACUUCCAACUUCUUCAUCACUCGUCAGAAACUAGCAGCCGGCAAUCCUGACACUCACAUAAACAUGGUUGAGAGGAGAAUAGAAGAAGCCAACAUAUCUGCCUGUCUACCAGAGUCCGAAGGUCGGCUGGUCUCCAGCUAUGUGUGUGGACCUCUGGAGAUGAUAGAGACUGCGUCACGCUGGCUGGAAGCCAGUGGGCAAGCUCGGGAACACAUACAUACCGAGAAAUGGUGGUAGAAAUGUUUUAAUCACACCAUCUUGAUUGAUAUAAUUACCGCGACCCCAAAUAUUUUCAGGUGUGUAAACAAUAUACAAUGUGCUGGCUCAUUUGCCUGGGAUCACCAUUAUUGCAAAAUUGUUUUUCAUUUCAUGUGAGUGAGACUCAAUUUGUGUGAGGAUGAAGGACGGAUGCACACAAAACCAGUGGCAGAGAGUGAAUUGUGAUGAGCACGGGUGACAAUGUGGUGUGUGUCAUGUGUGCCAGUGGGAGUUGUGAGAUGAGGAGCUCUGACGUGAAGCACUCAGCCUCUCCAACUGCCUGUGGAACAUGUCAGGGCUAUUGGUGUCGAUGGUAUCAGCAGGACAAGAUGCACCAUAGUGGCCUUUCUUCCCACAGUUGAAACAAGUUGGAGGGGGAGGUUGGACCGAGCCCCUGCUGUGAUUACUCAGAAUGGGAGGGUACGCGGAGAUCACUCCACAGCCAGCCGGCGAGGUGAGAUAGGGGGGCCUCUGCAGAACCUGGGGGACCCCUAUUGCGGGAGGUAGCGUGGGGAGGAGUCCGUUUACCCCCAGAGCAGUCACAGAUUGAUGGGGUCCUCGGUGUCUCCGCCCCCCAGGGAGGUGGGAAUUUUGCAGGAGGGGUCUAGGAACCCAGUUUGCAGUCUGACCCCCCGGAAUACUACGAGACGAUGACGACUGAGGAUGAUAGGAUGCUCUGGUAGAGGUCAUGGGG